GUGAGUGCUGCACGCAGGAGGGAGUGGAUGAAAUUGCGAGCAGCAACACAGUCUCUCACCUGUACACUGCGAAUCCUCCGCAGCGCUACAUCAUGAGCUACUCAACAACUGUUCCGUCGACCAUCACUGCCAUCGACCCUCCUCCCCACCUCAACACCGUCGACACAGCUGCAACGUUUCGGACCCCUUCCGCUCCGUCCAUUCCCUCACACACCGUGCCACCCACUACAAGAAAGAGACGCGCAAUGCCUUGCCCCUUCGCAACGCUGGCCAAGCUGACUGGCGUCCGCUUGGAUGCAUCCGCGCACGCCAUGUAUCACCCUCAACCUUCAACUUCCAAAUCUCAGGCCGACCUCUCUCUGGCCCCUGAAGCCUUUACAAGCGACACUCCUCUUUCUGCGCGACUUCAGCAGGGCACCGCCAGGGCUCACACUGCUAUAGAGCGUAGCAGAGGCGUCCGAGCUCUUAUGGGCCUCGCAAGGGGUGACAGCGACGGUCAGACCCCAGGACUUGAACGGUCAGAGUAUAUCGCGUGGCUCGUUGGUCUCGGUUGCGUCUAUCGAACGCUAGAGGCCUAUCUCACAAUCUCUGCACCUCUCUUGGAACCUUUGCAAUCCGUGCUCGACCUGCCAAGCCUCUUCAGAACAUCCACACUCGAAGAUGAUGUCAGAGCUCACUUAUGCACUGAUGCACACAUCGCCGCCGCUGGCGUGUUGUACUCCAAGCUCGAAGAGACUGAAGCGCUUGACGCAUUGGCACACCCUCUUGCAUCAGAGUCACCAGCACACCAGCAGCUUGCUGAAUUGCUGGCCCAUCUGCCUCACGCCGCAAGAUCCAUCGAACAUUCUCGCGCGCAGUUUCCCACAGCGCAGCACCUAGCUAUCAUGUCGCCUCUGCACGCUAGCGCCGUGCUUCGAUACUCUGAGCGUCUCGACACUCUUGGUCGCGCGGCGACAACCUGCAGAAGCGGACGAAGCACUCCAUCCGACGAAGGUGUCUGCCUCACCCCUCUCGAUGAGCACAAGACGCCACUGACCGCUCAGACUGCCGGCCUCAACGACACGGAAGACCUUCUGCUCGCACACGCCUACGUUCGCUACAUGGGCGACUUGUCUGGCGGUCAGCACAUUGCCAAGCGCGCAAAGGCCCUUUGGCCCAUCGAACAUUCCGGUGCAGAAGCCGGCUUUCAAUUCUACCGUUUCGAAAAGCCGGCCUAUUUCGAAGGAGGUCAGCGCGCUUGGGAAAUGUCGCUCAAGCAAGACUUUAGACGCGCCAUGGAUGGCGGAUUCGAAGAUUUGUCGAUGCAGGAACAGCAGACUCUGAGUCCUCUUCUGGUGGACGAGGCGAGCCUGGCCUUUGAUCUCAAUCGUGCGCUUUUCGACGCCCUCGUGCCUUCUUCAGAAGCCGACGAAUUGGCAGAUCAGGCUCAGCUCGAGCAGCAGAUGCGCAAACUAGCCAAGGCCGAAAUUCAGAAGCUUCCCGUCCAUCUACGUCUCAUCGCAAUGCACGGCAGCGCAUCUGGUGCCCUCUUCAAGCUCGCCGUACCUUCUACACUGGCGAUUGCCUGUGCGUUCGCCGCUAGCGCUGGCGCAGCAGCAUCGUGAUCGCCACACCUCAGACUGCUUUAAUGGACACAUUGCUCUCCCUGGAGACGGCUCGGGCCCCCACCCCGUUCGCGCUGCACCGGAACCACCUCGCGAUAUUCUAUUGUAUCUCGACUA